CAAGAAAGCCUUGUCGGUUUCCCUUUUGAAUGAAGAAAGCGAGGGCCGCUUCCUCGCUGUUGCUCCUUCGCCGCCGGAACCUGACGAGCGCCGCCCCCUCUCUCCAGAUGGAUUCUCCUUCAUCUUUUUCUCUUCCGCCGCCGGAGCGUUACAUCUACAACCCCACACUUCGAUGGAACCCAGAAGUCGAGGAGUACUUUAACGCGGCCUACGGAGCAGACCACUUCGCCCGGAUCUCCAAAUCCCUAACGCACCCUUCUUCCUACUCUUGCAUUCGUGUGAAUACUCUGAAAUCUACAAGUGAGGCAGUUAUAAGGAAGCUAAUUGCCAUUCUCAAUGAGAAAAGGCUUGAAAAUGCUGCUGAAGGAGAUGAGGUACCAAAAGAAGGAAGUUUGUUGGAUUCUUCUAUCCGUAAUGUGAUUGACUCAAGGUUGCUUCAGGAUAAUGAUACUCCUAUUGGAACAUCAGAAAGCCCUUCCAUUUGUAAGUGUCCUUAUCCUGGUCUUGAUAAUGUUGUGUUUGUUAAAGGUUCGGGACCACAUAUGCUUCAGUAUGGUAUUCAACCUUGCCAACCCAUGAAAGAAGUAAUUGUGAGUCGCAAAUGUGCUGAGGCAGUUCUUCGUGGAGCACAGGUAUAUGUCCCUGGUGUUCUGGCUUGCAGUGCACAUGUUGAAAAAGGGGAUGUAAUUGCAGUCUCAGUAGCUGUUGAGCAGCGUAUGUCUGAUGGUGGAUGGGGUGUUGGUUUUACACGUGGUACUGUCCUACAAGGGUUGGAAUCAGAUCCCCAUUAUCAUGAAAGAAAUGGCCUGUAUAUUGGUCAAGGUACUACUUCAUUGUCAAGGGCUUCUAUGUUCCGUGUUUCUGAAGGGAUUGCUGUGGAGAUGACUAAUAGGGUAUACAAGCUUCCAUCCUUUUAUGAUGUACUUGAGGGCGAAAUCUUUCUUCAAAACUUGCCCAGCAUUGUUACAGCUUAUGUCCUAGAUCCCAGAGAAGGUGAAAGAAUUUUGGAUAUGUGUGCUGCUCCUGGAGGGAAAACAACUGCGAUUGCAAUUCUUAUGAGGGACAACGGAGAGGUUGUUGCUACUGAUAGAUCUCAUAAUAAGGUAAUGGAUGUUUUGAAAUUGGCUGCUGAGAUGGAUUUAACUUGUAUAAAGGCAUAUAAGCUAGAUGCACUUAAAUCUGUGCAAAGGACUAAUGGAAUGUUGUAUUCUGAGAAAACAGAUUCCAACAAUGAUGAACCAGAUAUUGCAGCAGUAAAUUCAUGCUUAUCUAGUUUUUCUACAGAUGUUAAGAUCAACAUUGAGAUGGAAAAAUGCAGCAUCAAUGCUACACCAUCAGAAACAGUCAGUAAUGGAAAGACAGAUGGAAGACAUCUCAGCAAUGCUGCCAAGAGGAAGAAUGCACCACGACAGAGAAAUGGACCAGGAAGAAAUCAGUCCUUGGGUGGUAGGGUGGAAACUUCAAAAGGUUUCAUGCCUAACAGUUUUGAUCGUGUUCUUCUUGACGCUCCAUGUUCUGCCCUGGGCUUGAGACCUCGACUGUUUGCUGGGGAGGAGACCAUGGAAUCUUUAAGAAAUCAUGGAAAGUAUCAGAGGAGGAUGUUUGACCAAGCUGUACAACUUGUUCGUCCUGGAGGAGUGAUAGUAUAUUCUACGUGUACGAUAAACCCAGGGGAGAAUGAAGCUUUGGUUCGAUAUGCUCUAGAUAAAUACAAAUUUCUCUCUCUGGCAUCACAACACCCAAAAAUUGGAGGACCUGGUAUAGUUGGCCGUUGUGAUCUGUUUGGUGGGAAAUAUGUUGAGGAAUGGCUAACAGAAAACGAAUCUGAACUUGUCCAGAGGUUCGAUCCAUCAUCUUCGCUCGAUACCAUUGGUUUCUUUAUCGCAAAAUUUGUUGUUGGUGAGAAAGACUUCUAAGGAACAAUCACCCGUGUGUAAGAUGUGCAGCAUGGGCAUCCACGCCAAUGGAUAAGACCAGUGCAGCUUGCACAACUUCUGUGAUAACAAAAAAGAGUUUAUUAUAUUUGGUCAUCGGAUCAAGUUGACUUGUAAGUUAAAUCUGAGAUAAUUUUGCUGGGAAACUCGAUGCCAGGAAGGUCAACUCACCAGAUAUACCAGACGUCUAUGCGCAGAUUCUCUUCUAUUACGGUCUUGUGUACCAUGUCAGUAUGAGACGCUAGUGCACCACUGCAACAGAACCAAUGCUUGAAAUCUUUCAUUUUGUAACGACUUCUAUCUUUGUUGGCCGCACAGGAUGAGUUUGAUCUAUAAAAACGCUAUCCUUGCCGCAGCUGAAGCUCAAAACAUGGUAUUCAUUCUCUCAUCAACUCAUUUGUCAUCCGGAUGUUUCACCGGUUGGUAGGACAUUUUCAAUAAGAAUUCUCUCUUUUUCAGUCCCAAUUUCUCCAUUUGUAGUCUCUUUUGACUUUAAGAAGCUCCUUGUGACAUGAAUUGGCUUCUGACCUAACAAAAGAGAUUAUUCGGGAUGCCACAUAAUGUAUUGAUAAUUUUUUUUUUAUCUCAA